AUGUCACAAAAUAAUAAUAAUAAUAAUAAUAAUAAUAAUAAUAAUAAUAAUAAUAAUAAUAACAAAAGAAAAACAAAAACGCCAUCGUCAGUGAAUCAUAAUAAUACAAAAAUAAAUGAAGAUAAAGAUUUAUAUAAUUUCAUUGAUAAGAUAAGAGAUAAAACAGAUAAAUCACAUUUAGAAGAUGAAUAUGAUGAAGAUGAUAAUACUAAAGAUGGUAAAUUUAAUAAAGUAGAAGAUGAAAUUAAAAAUGAUAUAGAUAGUGAAGAGGAUGACGAUGAUAUUAUAGAAGAUAAUGAACAUUUAUAUGAUGGAGAUGAAGAUAGUGAAAAUUUAUCAUCAGAGGGUGAGGGUGAUGAUCUUUUAGAUGAAGAUUUACAAGAUCAAGAUGAAGAAGAGGUAUUGGGAGAUGAAGAUAAUCAUUAUGAAAUGGAAGGUUUAGAUAAUGAAACCUAUGAAGAUAUUGAUAAAGAUAAGAAAACAGAAGUUGAUUCAAUCUUAACGAAACGUGAUCGUGAAGAACAAAAAACAAGACAAGCUACAAAUCGUCAUCAAUACAGAAUUAGCUCUUUUCUUUUAGAUGAAAAUGAUGAAAAUAUGGUUGAUGAGGAUACAGAAAAUAAUAAAUUAUUAGAAAAAAGAAAAGCAAAUUUAAUUAAAAAAAGAAGAGAAACAAUUAGACAACAAAAUGAUAAUAUAAAGAAAGAUUAUGAUGGAUCAGUACCAUCAUUUAAAGAUGGAUUUGUUAAUAGUGAACGUUAUUUUGAAGAUGGUGAUGGUGAUGAUGAUGAUGAUGAUGAUGAUUUUGAUAUUGGUGAUAAUGGACAAGUUGUAAAUUUGGAGGAGCCAGAUAAGGAUAAAUGUUUAAGGGAAUAUGUUUGUAUGUCAGGACCAAGAAAUGAGAUAUCGAAGCAGUUUGCAAAGUUUUUAUUAGAGUUUAAGGAAAAGGAUGGCUUUAAUCCAAUUUAUCAAGAGUCAAUUCAAAAGAUGUGUGCAGCAAAUAAAGAGAGUUUAAUGAUUAAUUUCACACAUCUUUGUGCAUCAACAGUGUUUGGUGUGUGGGUGGCAGAGAUACCAACAGAAAUGAUAGAGAUAUUCGACGAGGUGGCUUUGAAAGUCGUAUUGCGUAUCUAUCCAAACUAUCGUAACAUUGUUAAAUCAAUUCAUGUUCGUAUCACACAUUUACCAAUUUGUGAAUCACUUAGAGAUAUCCGUCAAUCAAAUUUAAAUAAACUUACCAAAGUUGGUGGCGUAAUCACUCGUCGUUCAAACGUUUACCCACAAUUGAAACAUGUUAAAUAUGAUUGUGUCAAAUGUAAAACCACAUUGGGCCCAUUCAGUUUGGAUGGUACUUUCAAUGAUAGUAAACCACCCAUUGGUUUAUGUCCACAAUGUCAAAGUAAAGGUCCAUUCGUUAUGAAUUCAGAACAAACAGUUUAUCGUGACUUUCAAAAGGUAACAUUACAAGAGUCACCAGGCACCGUACCACCAGGUCGUUUACCAAGAACCAAAGAUAUCAUCUUGAUGGAUGAUCUCAUUGAUACAGUUCGUCCUGGUGAAGAGGUUGAAAUCACAGGUAUCUAUAAACAUAAUUUCGAUUUGAAAUUGAAUUAUUCUCAAGGUUUCCCAGUAUUCUCAACAAUCAUCGAAGCAAAUCAUAUCAAUAAGAAGGAGGAUUUACUCUCAUCAUUCAUUUUAACUGAUGAAGAUGAACGUGAAAUUCGUAAGCUUUCAAAGGAUAGUAACAUCGCUCAAAAGAUCAUUCAAUCUAUCGCUCCAUCAAUCUAUGGUCAUGAAGAUAUUAAAACAGGUUUGGCUUUGGCUUUGUUUGGUGGUACACCAAAGGAUGUAAAUAAUAAACAUCGUAUCAGAGGUGAUAUCAAUGUAUUGUUAAUUGGUGAUCCAGGUGUUGCUAAAAGUCAAUUCCUUAAAUAUGUAGAGAAAACAGCUCAUCGUGCAGUUUAUACAACAGGUCAAGGUGCUUCUGCUGUUGGUUUAACUGCUGCCGUUCGUAUGGACCCACUAACAAGAGAAUGGACAUUGGAAGGUGGUGCAUUGGUAUUGGCAGAUCGUGGUGUUUGUAUGAUUGAUGAAUUUGAUAAAAUGAAUGAUCAAGAUCGUACCUCAAUUCAUGAAGCUAUGGAACAACAAUCUAUCUCCAUCUCAAAAGCGGGUAUUGUAACCACACUAACUGCACGUUGUUCUGUAAUUGCUGCUGCAAAUCCAAAGAGAGGUAAAUAUGAUUCCGGUUUGAAUUUACUUCAAAACGUAGAACUCACCGAACCAAUUUUAUCACGUUUCGAUAUUAUUUGUGUCGUAAAGGAUACCAUCGAUUCAUUCAAAGAUAGAGAGUUGGCAAGAUUCGUUGUUGCAAGUCAUAUAAAUUCACAUCCCGAUAAUCAAAAUAAUCCAGAGAAUGAUUAUUUGAAUAGAGCAACUAAACAAUCACCAAUCUCUCAAGAAUUACUUAGAAAAUAUAUCAUCUAUGCAAAACGUAUUAAACCUAGAAUCACCGAUAUCGAUAAGAAUAAAAUCUCUCAACUAUAUACUGAUCUACGUAGGGAAUCAAGAGCUGGUGGAUUUGCUAUGACAGUUCGUCAUGUUGAAUCCAUUGUUCGUAUGGCUGAAGCUCACGCUAAAAUGCAUCUUCGUGAUUAUGUCACCGAUUUCGAUGUAAAUACAAGUAUUCGUGUUAUGUUGGAUAGUUUCAUCAAUGCUCAAAAGAAUUCAAUGUAUAAAAAUCUUCGUACUAAAUUCGCACCUUAUGUAAUCUUCCAAAAGGAUAUCAAUCAACUCUUAACUCAAUUACUUCAAACAUUGGCAAGAGAUUUUUCAAAUUAUCAUUUCGCAAGAAGUGGUGAUAUUCCCGAUCAAAUCAAUAUACCCUAUGAUGAUUUUGAUACAAAAGCUCGUGAACUUGGUAUUAGUGAUAUCACCUCUUUUUUUAGAUCAAAUGAAUUUACUUCAAAUAAUCAAUUCACUUUAAAAAAAGAUAAAUCAACUAUUAUUUAUUAUAGAAAUAAAUAA